AUGGCUCCAAGAUACUACUACGUUGCCAUCAUUGUGUGUGUGGUGUUCCUGGUGGUGCUCCUAGCGGUCUACUUCACUCGCCACUUUGUCCAGAAACGACGACUGCGAAAUCAGUCAGCCAGAAGGGACCUGGAAGCCAACCAGAUGGUGCAGCAAUGGCGAGCCGUGCAAGAGCCCCAGCAAACAAGGCCAAAGUACUACAAGGAGCCUCUGACUACCUACAUUUCCACCAGCUCUCAAUCCACCAACCCUUCCACCUGGUCCUACAACUCGGACACCCUGCCUUCUUACUCCCACAGCGACGGGUUCGCUAGACCGUACUACUACUAUCGUCAGGACGAAGGGACCGUUUCGCCGGCUGAAAUGUGCCACAUUUGUCAGAGACAGUUCAACGAUACCGAUGCGGUCAAGCAGGUGUUUGGAGGAUUGGUUCAUCAGCAGUGCUACUCAUUGACGAGCUGA